AUGUCCCUUGUUCUGAUUAUGGGAUUACCAGCAUCUGGAAAAUCAACGCUUUGUGAGAAAAUUCGCGGGCUUCGUUCAGACGUUGUCGUCUUUUCCCUUGAUGAAAUCAAUGGCCGUUGGUCGGAAGAUUUUGACUCGCACUCUGAUCGAAAAUCAUUUGAACAGACUGUUCGAGACUAUUUGGAGACAUACUGUGACGAUGAAUUCGACAAAAUUAUCUUAGUGGACGACAACCUCUAUCUACAAAGUAUGCAACGUCCCUUCAAACGCAUGGCGCGAUCUUUUGGUUUGCGUUAUUGCUGCGUUCUAGUGGGCUGUGAUAUUGAUGAAGCUCUGCGGCGUAAUUCUCAGAGAGGAGAAAAUCGAGUACGUGACGAGACAAUUUUGAGGAUGGCACGUGAAAUUGAAGUGCCGAACGAUGUACUUGUGCUGAGGGAUGGAGAUGUUGAACAGAUUUUUCAUCGACUACGGGGACCUCGACCCAGGCGUGUUAAAGUCGUUUAUAUUGAGUCGGGUGCUGGCAAUUUCUCAUUCCUUUCGGAAAUGGAUAGCAUUCUGCGUUCUGCUGUCGCUGAAGCUGUUCAUGAAGGCCUCGAUGGCCGAUGUCUGGCUGCUGCAAAGAAAAUCGUCAUGGAUCGGUGCCGGCAAUCAAAGCGUCCCUUAACGAAACUUGAGAUCGCCGAGGCGCUUCGAGGAGAAUAUUACAAGUUGAAGUCAAGCGGAGGUUAA